AUAAACCCUAAGGUUCAGGAUCCGCUCAUAUGACCGUCAUACGGACACCAUGCUUUGGCUGUUGCUCUUCACUCUGUUUACACCGUCUGGUGUUUUUGCCGGGCGCUAUUUUAAAGCCAAUCAACCGUGUUUCAAACCUCUACCAGGAAGAAGUCAACUGGGAGUCAAGACUGGUCCACGUUCUCAUGAAUAUGGGAAUGUUCAGAAUCUGCCCAAAGUCUGGGACUGGAGAAACGUCAACGGCACCAACUUUGUCAGUACUACUCGCAAUCAACACAUCCCCCAGUACUGUGGAUCCUGUUGGGCUCACGGGAGCACAAGCGCACUUGCAGAUCGCAUUAACAUAAAGCGGAAGGGAGCAUGGCCUUCUGCAUAUCUCUCAGUCCAGCACGUUAUUGACUGUGGGCAGGCUGGGUCCUGCCAUGGGGGCGAUCACACAGGUGUGUGGGGGUAUGCCAACAGCCAUGGCAUUCCUGAUGAAACGUGCAACAACUACCAGGCCAAAGACCAAGAUUGCAAGCCAUUUAAUGAGUGUGGCACAUGCACUACAUUUGGCCAGUGCUAUGUUGUGAAGAAUUACACUCUCUGGAAGGUUGGAGACUAUGGGUCCGUCAACGGCCUGGAGAAGAUGAAAGCUGAGAUUUAUUCCGGAGGACCCAUCAGUUGUGGAAUAAUGGCUACUGACAAACUGGACGCAUACACUGGGGGUGUAUACUCUGAAUAUGUAGAGGAUCCCUAUAUUAACCACAUUGUGUCUGUGGCUGGCUGGGACGUUGACGAGAAUGGAGUGGAGUACUGGAUUGUCCGCAACUCCUGGGGUGAGCCAUGGGGUGAGAAGGGCUGGUUACGGAUAGUGACUAGUGCUUAUAAAGGUGGCAGUGGGAGCCACUAUAACCUGGCGCUUGAAGAAGACUGCAUGUAUGGGGACCCUAUAUUGCCAAAAGGGUACAUGUAAUGAUCUGGAGAACACACUGAGAGCACCCAGAUUCAGCUUGGGCUUCAACGCUGCAGCUGUUAGCUAAAUCUACUAAAUCCUUAAUUCAGUUGAUUUAGGCAUUGUACCCGAGUCUGUGUACCUACUGCCAUUACUGCAAACAAUUGUGCAAUAUAAUUUUUAUUAAUGUGGAAAUCAGAACCAUGCACCAAUGAAUCCCUACCACUAUGCUACAGCUAUGUAAACAUGAAUGUUUUAAUUUUUUUUUUAAUGUGUUUUUUUUUUUUUUAACCAUUUGAUUUAUUGACCAUAGAACACUGCAUGUUCAACAUGGUCCUGAAAAGUGAAUUGAAUAAAAAUGCACUAAACUGUUUAUACAAGUUUUUUUUCCCCUUGACACCCAUUAUGUUUUAGCUUCCACCUUUUACUUCAUCUUAAAUAAAUCUUUGAAUUAUUUUGA